AUGAGUGUUGGCUGCUCCCGGCGGUUUUCUCCGCCGCAGGGGUCUCGUUUGCUGCAGCUGGUGCUGCAGCUGCCUCUGUUGUCACUGGUAUAUCUCUCCUUAUGGGAAGGGGGCCCCCUGGGGGCCCCCACGCGUGUGUCUGCACAUAUUCAUGUUGCCCCCGAAUACUUUCACAGCUGCGACUCUGUGCCGUCUUCAGCUGUAAUGCUGACGGGGGGGGCCUGGCUGCUGCGGAGUCUGGGCGCUGCAUCUCCUCUCUGUAGGGGGCCCAUGGGGGCCCUCCUGGGCUGUGCGGUGUACACGGAUGUGCCGCAUGCGCCUAGCAUAAACCCCAGAAAGCUGCAGGCUCUCCACGAUGCCUCCCAGCCCCCCCCAGAAUCUGAACUGCCUCCGUUUCUGCUGCAGCGGCUCUUCGGGUGGGGGGCCCCAGUAGAACAUACAGAAGAAAGACACAAAGCAGCAGAUGCAGGAGAUGCUGCAGAGGCUGCGGCAACAAAACACCCUCGAGGCUCCCAGGGCCCCCGCACCGCCAAGGCCCGCCGGGUGCCCCGUCAGUCGUCUGGUGAGGGGCAGCACGCGGGAGUGGGAGCUUCGCCCCUAUCUCCGACGGAGCAGCAGCAGCAGAAGCAACAGCAGCAGAAGCAACAGCAGCAGCAGCAGCAGCAACCGCAGCAGGAGCAGCGAGAGGAGAGUGGUUUUUGGCAGUUUAUUCAUUCCGUUUUUUCGAGCGCUUCUUUAGUUGCUGCUACAGAGUUGGGGGAUCGAACUUUCUUCCUGGCGGCGUUGUUGGCUCUUCGCUACAACAGGCUGUUGGUGUUUGGGGCUACAUGCGCUGCUUCUUCCUGGCGGCGUUGUUGGCUCUUCGCUACAACAGGCUGUUGGUGUUUGGGGCUACAUGCGCUGCUUUAUUUAUAG